AUGUCCAGCAUUAACCCAGAUGCCGAAGCACAAACGCAACCAGAACAAGAGACGACAAGUCAAGAUGUCGAAAAAUCAUUCGGCGCAUGGAUUUGUGUUCUGGGAGCAUUUCUCGCUUUGAUACCUACAUUUGGUUUCAUGAACUCGCUCGGAACAGUACAGACAUAUCUUAGUAUGAACCAGCUCCACGACUACAGCGAAGGCCAGGUCGGAUGGAUCAGCGGAAUGUUUCUCUUUCUUUCCUUAAUCCUCAACGUUCAAGUCGGUCCCAUGGUUGACGUUCACGGGCCCAUGAUAAUCGGCCCAGUGGGAGCAGUAUUAUAUGUCACAAUGUUCCUCCUCAUGGCCGAAUGUCGUAACUACUGGCAAUUUAUGCUUUGCCUAGGCGUCUUUGGAAGUUUUGGCGCUGCAACGACAAUGGUAGUUGCCAUUGCCAUUGUGGGUAAACUCUUUGUCCGCAAUCGCGGUUUGGCUAUGGGCAUUACACUUGCAGGAUCAUCCAUUGGAGCCGUCAUAUUCCCUAUCAUUCUACGCUCUACGUAUCCCAAUCUUGGCUGGCAGUGGUCUAUGCGUAUCAUGGCUUUUAUAUCAGCUGGUUUGCUAGUUCCCAGCAUGAUAUGUUUUAUCCCCUUUAACAACAUCUACAAGAAGUCGACGGGAGGAGGACAGGCGAGUCCCAAGAGUUCGACGCUCAACUUCACAGCCUUCAAGUCUCCUGCGUUUUGCUAUGUUACAGGCGGUAUCUUCAUGUUCGAGUUUGUCAUUUUCAGUAUAUCGGGCCUUUUACCGUCUAUUGCAACGCGCAUCGGCUUCACUCCCGAGAAUGGCUACACUUUGCUCGCCAUCGUGGGUGCAGCCUCUACGUUUGGUAGAAUUAUCCCCGGAAUUAUUGGUGACAAGUAUGGGCAUUUCAAUAUCCUUCUGGUGACGGUUGUAUUUACCGUUAUCUUUAUGGGUGCUCUGCUGGUCCCCUUUGGCACAAGAUCGUCUACUGCUCUGUAUGCCUGGUCUGCUCUUUGGGGGUUUGGGUCUGGCUCGUUUCUCUCCAUCACACCUGUGUGCAUGGGCAAGACCUGCGAGGCCAAGGACUAUGGACGAUACUACGGAAUGAUGAACUUUGUCACCGCCUUCGCGUUACUCAUUGCCCUUCCCAGCAGUGGUGCCAUGCUUGAAAACAUGGGUCCUCAAGCUCUGGCUGGGUUAUUCACUGCCUUGACGGCUGUUGGAGGAGCCUGCAAUUUCGCUGCUCGAGCUCUCCUCAUUGGGGAAUGGCUAUCUCCCAAUACCGUAAUAUAG